GGUCGUCGAUUAAUCCAUUCUUCUCCGCCCCAGACGAAGUUAACUUUGAUCCCUUGUCUACUUAAAACGUAUAACUACUGGCUUGAAUCGUAAUUCGUAUCUCGCGAUUCAGCCAUAAUGCUUGGCAGUUCGAGUCAGAUACGGAGUCCACGGACAUGCUUCAGCUCUACGGUCUUAGCUUCAAUGUCAGCUGGCCGUCCAGUUGAGGUUGAGCGACUCAUAGGCAAAUGGAGAAGAGAGAAUGGUAGUGGAAAGUGCUCAUACGUGUUGAAUAUCGGCACGAUUGUAGAUACUGCGUACCGUAAGAAUAGACAUUAGGCAUCGAUGAUCUGCCGCUCUGUGAUGCCAG